UGCUGCAGGGAGGAGCGACCGGAGUGCAGUUGAGCUGAGCCGAGCAGAGCAUCACAGACCCGCAUUCAAGGAAACGGACAAACACUUUUCAUCUUGCAUUUUUUUCGGGGGGCGACUUUUCCACAAUUUCCACACAGCACACGGCUUUAAUACGAAGAAAUAGAUACAUAUAUUCGAUGUGGACUCUUACGGAAGAGCUUUGAGAAGCUGGGAAUCUCUGCCCUGUCAAGGGAGACCCCCCCAAUUGUUUCCUGCGCCAAGAACUGUAAAGACAUGGUCAUUACACCGCAUAUGUGAUGAACAGCAAGCAGUGAGAGUGAGACAGUGUCAGAGGAUGCUCCUGGUCUGCAGGGCCCAGUGCUGAGGGAGGUCCACAGAGCCAACUGGUGCCCACCAUGUCUCACCACCAACACUACCAGCGAGGCCCCCAUGGCCGCACCAUGAGCUCUGAGGAGAGGAGCUCCACGCCAGUCAACAAGACCUCCACACCGGUUCACAAGAGCGCCUCUUCAUCUUCCUCUUCCCAGCGCGACAGCCGACAGGAGGCAGACAGCUGGGAAAUCAUUGAGGGGCUGAAAAUUGGUCAGAGCAACGUCCAGAGGCCUGAUAAACACGAGGGGUUUAUGUUGAAGAAGCGGAAAUGGCCCCUGAAAGGCUGGCACAAGCGUUUUUUUGUUCUGGACAAUGGUAUCCUGAAGUACUCCAAGUCCCCCAUUGAUAUCCAAAAAGGCAAACUUCAUGGCAGUAUCGACGUCGGCCUCUCAGUCAUGUCCAUCAAGAAGAGGGCCCGUCGCAUCGACCUGGACACUGAGGAGCAUAUCUAUCACCUGAAGGUCAAAUCUCAAGACAUCUUUGAUGCAUGGGUGUCCAAGUUGCGUCAUCACCGGCUUUACCGCCAGAACGAAAUUGUGCGAUCUCCGAGGGAGGCCACCAUGCGAACAUUUCCUCCCCCAGCUGCCAUUGAGUCCCCCCAACCUGCCUCGAGUGUGGUUCGUGAAGCCAAGCAGGCCAAGCCCAGCAGCUUGCCAUGGCAGCCAGUGGCCCCCAGCAGCGGCAGCAACAGCAGCCUGCCUGCCUCCUACAGUAACGGCCAGAGCAAGGUGGUUGCUUGGCUGCAGGAAUCAGAGGAGAUGGACAAGUGCGCCGAGGAGCUCGCACGAUGCCAGUCCAACCUGACUGAGCUGAGCCGGUUAUUGCAGAGUCUGGAGAUUCUGCAAAGGACACAGUCAGCGCCCAACUUCACAGAUAUGCAGACCAAUUGUGUUGAAUUGUCAAAGAAAGAAAAGCGCUUGAACAGAAGAUGGAGAACAAAAAGUGUCGGCAAAGAUGCAAAAUUCCAGCUUCAGGUCCCUCUGUCUGCCAGCAUGUCCCCCAUCCGCCUCCACUCAUCCAACCCCAACCUGUGUGCCGAGCUGGUGGACUUUCAGCCCCCUGUCUCCCGGCUGACAGAAAGUGUAGAGUGUGCCAGUGACUACAUUAAACUUCAGGAGGAAUUCUGCACCAUCGCCCAGAAAGUCCACUCUCUGCUGAAAUCUGCCUUCAACACAGUGGCCAUAGAAAAAGAAAAGAUCAAACAGAUUCUAUCUGACCAGGAGCAGUCAGACCAGUCCGCCCAGAUCAACUCUCUCAGGAAGUCUCUGUCGCAGGCCCUGUCCCAAAACGCAGAACUUCGAACCCGACUCAACCGCAUCCACUCUGAAUCUGUCCUGACUGAACAAGUUGUCAGUGUGAACAUCAUCUCCACGCCUGAUGAGGCUGGGGAACAGAUGGGGAUCCCUCUGACUCAGCAGGCCUCUAAUGAGAGCCGACUCUCCAUGUCGGAGUCUGUCUCUGAGUUCUUUGAUGCCCAGGAAGUGCUUCUGUCAGCCAGCUCGUCGGAGAAUGAGGGCUCAGACGAUGAGUCAUAUGUCAGCGAUGUGAGUGAUAACAUUUCUGAGGACAACGCCAGUGUGACUGAUAACGUCUCCAGACAAAUGGCCAACGGAGACUUUGCUGGCAGUGCCUUCCGUAACGGGCGGCGCACCUGCCUGUCGGCGCCGUGUCCUGACACCAGCAACAUUAACCUCUGGAACAUCUUGAGAAACAACAUUGGCAAGGACUUGUCCAAAGUGUCCAUGCCUGUGGAGCUCAAUGAGCCCCUCAACACCCUGCAGCGUAUGUGUGAAGAGCUGGAGUACAGCGAGCUGCUGGACAAGGCUGCUGAGACCGAGGAUCCCUUUGAACGCAUGGUUCUCGUUGCUGCUUUUGCCGUCUCAGGCUACUCAUCCACUUACUACAGAGCAGGAAGUAAGCCAUUCAACCCGCUACUCGGAGAGACUUAUGAAUGUAUUCGGGAAGACAAGGGCUUCUGUUUUUUCUCGGAGCAGGUGAGCCACCACCCUCCCAUCUCCGCCUGCCACUGUGAGUCUAAGAACUUCACCUUCUGGCAAGAUGUGAGAUGGAAAAACAAGUUCUGGGGGAAAUCGAUGGAGAUUUUACCAAUCGGGACCGUGAAUCUUAUGAUUCCCAGGUUUGGAGAUCACUAUGAAUGGAACAAAGUCACCACCUGUGUACACAACAUCCUCAGUGGACGGCGGUGGAUCGAACACUACGGGGAGAUCACCAUCAGAAACACAAAGAGCAGCGCCUGCCUCUGCAAACUUACCUUCGUCAAGGGAAACUACUGGAGUUCUAAUGUCAAUGAGGUUCAAGGAUUUGUGAUGGAUCAGGAGGGGAAAGUGAUCCACAGGCUCUUUGGAAAAUGGCACGAGGGCCUUUACUGUGGUGUCCCACCUUCUGCCAAAUGCAUCUGGAGGCCAGGCUCCAUGCCCACAGACUAUGAGCUGUACUAUGGCUUCACCAGGUUCGCCAUUGAACUAAAUGAGCUCUGCCCCGAGUUGAAAGAUGUUCUGCCCCGAACAGACGCAAGAUUCAGGCCAGAUCAAAGGCAUCUGGAGGAGGGGAACUUGGAGAUGGCAUCCUCAGAGAAGCAGCGUAUUGAGGACCUGCAGAGAACCAGGAGGAAGUGGAAAGAGGAGAACGACAUCAAACAGGAGCCACGCUUCUUCAAGAAAGUGGUUGAUGGCAAUCACAGGGAGAGGUGGGUCUCAAACAACACGUACUGGGACCUCCGCAAAAAUCCCGGCUUCAUCAAUAUGGAACAUACAGUGAACCUGUGGUAGCACACGGAUCGACAAGUCCAUCAUGUGGUCAUCGCAGAUAAGAAGGCUGUUACCUAUGCACAAUGAGGUGUUAAAGAGAAACACGUUAAUGAUGAAACAUCUGUGUGCAUGGACUGCAGACUGAGGAAUGGCCUGAUGCCCAGCAACCCUGUCGAGGUUCUGUGGCGCUGCCACACGGUCAUCCAUCCAUGGAAACAUCCUGUAGGAUCACCUUCAUUGUGCUUGUCGAAGCUGGGUUGUCAGGGCAACAAUCGUACCACUCCUAUGUAGAUCUUUCCUCGGCUCCUUUGACUUCUGAGUAUGUCCUUGCCUUAAAAAGACACCCAUACAAACGUUACACGAUUUAGCGCUUUUUUUGUUGAGGCCAUUUGAUUUCUGACAGCCGUUUGGGUUAGACUAGUCUAUGAAGUAGACCUUUUGAUUACCUACAAUACCGUGCAUGUUUAGAGAGCAGCUUUCACUGGCAUAAAGCCGUAUUUACUAUAUCAUCAAUUAUUGUAGAAAAAAAAGAGGUAUUUUUAUAAAAUAUCUUGGACUCAGAAUUUAGUGAAAUAGCAUUAUGUGAAUUGGCAGAUUUUAUUUAUUUAUUUGCCUUUUAAUACUGUUGAAUCUGUGUGAUAGCAGUACUCUCUCUCGGGAAACAGCUCAUUUAAAAUUAAUCUCGACCGCAGCAGAGGAAGUACAGUGUCCAUAGAUGGAGUUUUUAAAACGAAUAUUUUCAAAGAGCAGCUCUCAAAGCUUGUGGUGUAGUGGAAGGAGAAGCAGGAUUCAGAUGAACAUCCUAUUCUGGUGUUUUGAACACAUGAUGCAAGCGCACACCUUCAACCUUUACAGAUGUUUUUCUUUUUUUGAACCGUCAACAGAGAUCUGUCGUGGUGUUCGUUGUGUAAAUAGAGGGACAACCUCAUCAACCCUCCCCUUGCCCCACUGUCUAAUUUUAAACAUAGUUACAUGAAACCAACUCCUCUGAAUCACAUGGUUACAUAAAUACACACAUAACUCCCUCCAUAUAUAGUGGGCACACAUUCACUCUUACUCUCUGAAUGUGGUGCAGAUAGAUGUGACGUAAUGGGCACGCUCAAACUCCAGACACUUAUCUUAAUCAAAGGUCGAAGACAAGAUGGUGAAGACGGAUGUAAAGAUUGUAAAGCCUUCUGAGACACUUGAUUUAGGUUUUAUAAAUAAGACUUGAGAGUGAAACAGGAGAAAAGCAGUCACACAUUUCCAGUACGAGGCUAAAUACUCAUCUACACCCAGCCAAUGUGCAAUUAUUUUUAGAUUAUCAACGAUGUAAUUAACAAAUUAUUCAUUUUCUGUGAUAAAUAGUUCCAUUUGUCCCAUUACAGUUUACCAAAGGCCAACAUCCUUGUUCUGACCAACAACCAAAACCUUUUAGGAUAUGAAACAAAGAAAAUUACUCAUUCGUAGACUAUUACCAGCAACUGUUUGGUAUUUUUCUUGCUAAAUUACCUACAUUAAUUAAUCAAUAAUCAAUAGGAAUACAUUUUCUGAAUCAGCAUUUAGCAUACAGUGAGUGCAUUUUGAAAACACCAGAGCCACCUACAGGUCGUCCCAUGAAAAUGCAGUUUCAGGAUACUGAAGGUCAACAACAUGAAGAACAGAAUCUGCUCUUUUUGUUCCUGAGACGUUAAAGCCAAACAAGUUUGUCCAGCAACAAAUUAUACAAGAAUAAAAAUGUCUGAUUCCCCAGAGACUUUACUACUAUGAUCUUCUGCAAAGCACCAGUUACUCAUUUGCAGUUUGUGUGUUUAAAGCAAAGCAGAUUAGCUUUAAUGUUUCAACUAGUUGUCCCCCUUUUGUGUUACAGAGUAAGAAAAUAUAACACGGGGCGUGUGAUCAACCCCAACACACACAAAGUAGUCACACAUUGUCCUCGUUGAUGCCCCUCGUUCGGGACUGCAGGGCGAGGACACUGGAGGAGAAAAAGAGUGAAUAUAAAUAUGUAGAGUGAAGACUAUGAGAAGCAAAUCCAUUGUGUGCACUGUUCAUAUGGUACUGUAGAUGACAAACCAAAAAGGUAGUACUGCUUUGCAUCCAUUUCUUUUUUUUUUUCUCUUUUAAUUUUAACCCCAGAUUACAAACUAAAAUGCUACAACUCGUCAGCGUCAGUUUCACUUGCUGUGCCUUAAUGCAUUUAUUAAUGCCUCACAAACACUACUGAUAAGAAUCCCCAUGCCAAGAAGGUAUGCCAUUAACAAGUCCGCACAUUAUCCAGUCUCCACCUGCCUACAGAUGAUAAAUUAUAUUGAUAGUUAGCGUUUAGGAUUUAGCUGUGGACAAAAUGUCUUGGCUUAAGUUUUAAAAAGGGACAUGUCUUUGACAUUAGGAGAGAGAGAAAAAAAGGUUUAUUUGACUGUAAAAUGCUUGCAGUGUUAAAGUAUGUUCUGCACUGCUCUGCUACUCCGACAUGUAACCAAUACAUUUUUGGUGAUCACUGUAAAUACAGCACAUUUAGAAGAUGGGUCACUACUGCAAAAGCUGACCCCUCCCCCCCCCCGCCUACAUCAGUGAUUUCUUGUAACAAGCCCGAAUGACAGCAGCUGUGUGAGGAGGUAGGGGGCGAUGCUUUGCAUAGGGAUUGGUAUCACUGAGUCAGACUGUAGUGAAGAAAAUAAAAAAUCAUGAAAACCUCCUCAUGCUUUCUUCAUCCAUCCAUUGUUCUACCUGCAUGUCUAGACAACUUAGCCUGCCAAUGAAUGUUGCAGAUGCCUUACAAAAAAAAGGGUUUUAUGUUUUCUCAAUUGGACUCUCAUGUGUUUUUGUUUUGGACUGACAUGUAUCACGAAGCACUGUGUCAGCUCAGUUUCUUUCAAAUCUAUUUCCCAAUGGGUACCUUCUAAAGUGCAAUUUAAACAAAGUACAUAUCUUUCCAUGAACACUGUACACUGCUGCUACAUAGUGCUUGUUCUAAUAAAACUGUAAAACUCAA